AUGUCAACACCGGAGGAGGAAGAGGCGAACAUCGGUAAAGUGCUCACUUUUCUCCGGGAGUGGGACCGAGGUGACAGCAGGGUCCGCGGCCGCAUGUUGACCGCCUUCCUGAGCCGGAACCCCGGGAGGAGGCUCUGUGAUGUGGAGCUGCAGCUCGCUCAGGUCUCCAGCCUCUUCCUGGCCCGGAUCACCACCUGGACCAGACUCACAUACAUGUUUGGGACAUUCUUGGGACUGCAGCUUAAAGCAAUUGGGAUUUUCCUCUCUGCAUCAAACCAUGAUCAGUACCUGAUGGAGUUUCUGGAUGAUGGAGGAGUCCUCACUCUUCUGGACAUCUUGAGCCACUCUCAGAGCAAAGAGGAGCAGAAGCUCGAGGCCCUCCGCCUUCUGCUCACUAUGUCAGACGCUGGUCGCAAAUACAAAGAGGUUAUCUGUGAAAGCCAUGGUGUGAAAGCCAUAGCAGAGUUCCUGGCUCAGUCCAACACAGAUGAACCUCUAGAGGCAGCCUGGGCCCUCCUGGAGUCUCUGUCGCGUGGAAACCCCAGAUACCAAAACCAAGUCUACAAAGCCAUGAUUGCUCUCAUGACUUGUUCCUCCCCAGAUAGGCCCAGCAGCGGGGUCCUGCACUCCUUACACACUGUGCAGGUAAUGUACGAACCAGCCCAUCACAGCAUAGUAGAACCUCUGCUGGGUUUGCUCAGUUCUCUGCACCUGGAGGUUCAGGAUGAAGCUAUAAAUCUGAUUUUGGGUCUGAGGUGUUAUGAAGUUAGGCCGCUGCUGCUCGACGGACUGGUGGCUCUGCUGAGGCCAACUAAAGAAAAUGUGCAGCACCAGAAUAUGCAAGAGUCUGAGAUUAUCCAGAUGACGGGAUCUCUGCCUGUGUUUGUGCAACAAGCUGCUGCAGCUAAAUCUAUACGGUAUCUUGCUGGCUCUGAAGACAGUCAAGAAGUUUCUCGUGAGCUUCUCUCUCUCGGAGUGAUUCAACGUCUUCUGUACGCUAUGGGUAACAGGGAACACACCGAUGCCCAAAUACAAGCCAGUCUGGCCUUGAAGCACUUUGUCCGCUCAUUCCCAAAUAUUGAGGACCAUGUGCAGAGAGGCAUCGGCAGCACACUGUUUGCAGUCUUAAUGAACCAAGCUGACACUUUGUACAUGAAUAUGGAUGAAACGCAAGCAGCAAUCCUGUUAACUAAUAAGGUUAACAUAACUGAAGUUUGGUAUGGGGACAACUCUGAAGGCUGAAAAAAAGUGAUUCAGAAGUCAGGCAGAUUAUUAAAUCAUAACAUUUGUGUAAAUAUUGUUAGUAUGUAAUUUCAAGGC